AUGGCGACGAAAUGCGGGUUGUCGUUGCCUUUUCUUUUCGUGUUCUUCUGCAUGGUGGUUUUGCAGGUUCUUCUUAAGUGUUGUUCUUCCGCCGCCGUUAUGAGUGAUAAUAGCGUCCCGCCGCCGCCGCCGCCGCCGGCUGUGUAUGUAUUUGGCGACUCGUUGUUUGAUGCGGGGACGAAUAAUUACUUGGAGAAUGCGGACGUCCGGGUAAAGGCCGACUUCCUGUUUUAUGGGAUCGAUUUCCCUCGUUCUUUGCCCACAGGCAGGUUCAGCAACGGUUUCAAUCUUGCUGACCAAAUCGUUAAGAAGAUGGGACUACGCAGAAGCCCGCCGCCAUUCCUCUCGCUUGUCGCCGGCGGGAUGUUCUCCCCCAAUUUCAACCGAACUAUAAUCAAAGGCGUCAACUUCGCUUCAGCAGGCUCUGGAAUCUUCGACUCAACCGGCUCUAAAUUUAUCGUGGUACCGCUGAACACCCAGAUCCAGCAAUUCUCGACCGUCGUCGAGAACCUGACGUGCCUACUCGGCCAAAUGCCGGCCGCCGCUCACCUCGCCGAGUCCGUGUUUCUGAUCAGCGCCGGGAGCAAUGAUAUUUUCGAUUACAUGAAGAAUGCCAGUACCGGCGGCAUAAGUUUCAUCAACGUCUCUGCCAAGGCUUUAGUCGCAUCUAUGAUAUCACAAUACGGUCUCCAACUUCAGGGUCUGUACAGAAGAGGAGCUCGAAAGUUCGGGAUAGUGGGGGUUCCAACAGUAGGGUGCUGCCCAUUUCUACGCUCUUUCAAUGUCACCGGCAGCUGCAACGAUGGAGCCAACCUGCUGGCGCAAGCCUUCAUGGAAGGCCUGAAAACUGUUGCCCAGCAGAUUAGAACCGUAGCUCCAGAUGUGCAGUUUUCCCUCGCUAAUGCUUUCAACCUCUCCUUCGACUUCAUCCAAAACCCUAAUGCUCUCAAGCUUCAGGGGUUCAAGGACGUGGCGGGUUCGUGCUGUGGGAAUGCAACGGUGCCUUGCAGCCCGAACGCCACGGUUUGUGAGAACCGUGACGAGAGCUUAUUCUGGGACGGGUUCCAUCCGACCCAGUUCGCCGCCAAAUUGUCGGCCAAGGCAUUCUUCGGCGACAACUCGAGGUACGUUUCGCCCGUCAGUUUCAGUCAGCUGUUUUGGAACUGA